GUUUCAUGCAGUCCAAGAUCUUGUCUCCUAUUUACAAUUUACUCCGCGAAAUGUUAGGGAAAAUGCAUUCUCUCCCUCUUUUUUAACAGUGAAUGAUUCUGAACCAUGUUUUGGUCAAAAGCUCUUUCUUCAUCAACUCCUACUUCACUUGCCAACACUUUCAUAGAUUCUCUCUCUCUCUCUCUCUCUCUCAGUUUGCUCCAAUACCUCGCAGUUUUGGUGAACAGAACAACAAUAACUUGCAGUGGUUCACCCUCUCUCUCUCUCUCUUCUAUGAAUAUACACAUAAGAAGAAGCAUAGAGCCGUCGGCAUUACCAGACAGAGAGAGGUCCAAGAACUCAGUCCAUGACUUCUAACGGAAGCAACCUUAUGAGCCUUUUCCUCUUUUCGUUUCUCUUUUGUCUUCUUGUUGUCCCUAGACAGCUUCAAGCUCUUACCGCAGAUGGAGUCCUUCUGCUUUCUUUCAAGUACUCCGUUCUCAGUGACCCGUUCUCCGUUUUGGAAAACUGGAACUAUGACGAUGCGACACCAUGUUCCUGGUCUGGUGUCACUUGUACACAGCUCGGAAACCCUACCACACCAGACAUGUUCAGAGUUACAAGCUUGGUUCUACCCAACAAACAGCUUCUGGGCUCACUUUCUUCGAGCUUGUUCUCGAUCCCUCACCUAAGAAUCUUGGAUCUUUCCAACAACUCCUUUAAUGGGUCACUGCCGGAUUCUGCGUUCAACGCCACUGAGCUUAGGGUUCUGUCCCUUGGGAACAACGACAUCUCUGGUGAAUUGCCUGAGAAACUCAGCAGUAUGGCAAGCCUCCGGCUCUUGAAUCUCUCAGCUAACACAUUCGCCGGAAAAAUCCCGCGCAACCUCACGCUUCUGAAGAAUCUAACGGUCAUUUCCCUGUCAAGUAACUCCCUUUCAGGUGAUCUUCCAAGUGGGUUUGAAGCAGUACAGGUUCUGGAUCUUUCCUCGAAUCUUCUGACCGGGUCUCUUCCUCUGAAUUUCGGUGGAAAAAGUUUGCGUUACCUCAGUUUAUCACACAACAACAUCUCCGGCACUAUUUCUCCAGGUUUCGCCGAGGAAGUUCCUGCAAACGCCAUAAUCGAUCUCUCCUUUAACAAUUUAACGGGACCCAUACCUGAAUCCGUCCCUUUACUUAACCAAAAAACAGAGUCUUUUACUGGAAAUCCGAGUUUAUGUGGGAAGCCAUUGAAGAACCUUUGUUCAAUCCCUUCCACUCUCUCGAACCCACCGAACAAUACCUCCGAAACAACUUCUCCAGCUAUAGCAGUCAUGCCCAGAACCACAACUACGACAAACCCUUUAACAGAGUCACCGAAUCAGACAGCCAAAAGCAAGCUAAAGCCAAGCACCAUUGUCGGAAUCACAGUUGCAGACAUAGCAGGCUUAGCCAUUCUAGCCAUGUUCAUCCUCUACGUAUACCAGCUCAGGAAACGCAGGAGCUACGAACAGUACAGCACAUUCAGCGUCCUGAAAGAAUGCUUGGAGAAAAAUGACGCCUUGUCCACCAAAAAAUCAAAUCACCACCUAACACCCAUCACCACAGAGGUCACAGAAUCUCCACCUGCUAAAACUGCAUGCGGGUCGUGCAUAAUCAUGAACAGAGGGGACGACGAGACGUCGGCGUCGGAAGCUAACAGCUCCGAGAGCGAUGUAGAGAACCAGAUUCAAGACCAGCAAACGAUUCAGGCAUUGAAUCGAACAGAUGGUGGGCGAUUCAGACAGAGCACCACUCAGACUCAGCUCGUGACGGUCGACGGCGAGACCAAAUUGGAGCUAGACGCUCUGCUGAAGGCAUCGGCUUACGUACUGGGCUCGAUCGGGAGCGGAAUCCUUUACAAAGCGGUGCUGGAGAACGGCUCAGCGUUCGCGGUGCGGCGGAUCGGGACCGAGAGCUGCGCGACGGCGAGGCUAAAGGAGUUCGAGCGCGAGGUUCGCACAAUCGCGAAGCUCCGACACCGAAACCUCGUUAGGGUUCGUGGGUUUUGCUGGGGAGACGACGAGAAGCUUCUCAUCUCCGACUAUGUCCCCAACGGCAGCUUGCCUUGCUCCAUUAACAAAAUAGGAAAAGCAGGGUCGUCAUCGUCUUCUUCACAAGGCCAAUUGUCUUUAGAGGUACGGCUCAAGAUAGCAAGAGGCAUAGCUCGAGGACUCGCUUAUGUCCACGAGAAGAAGCGCGCUCACGGCAACAUCAAGCCCAACAACAUCAUCUUGGACACUGACUAUGAGCCCAUUAUAACCGAUUUGGGCCUAGACCGUCUUACCCGCCAGGCCCAUAAACCAUCGAGCCACAAUACCGGGCCCAGUUCGAGCCCAUCUGCGGGUCCCACCGCCGAUCCGUACAAGGCGCCGGAGUCGUGGAGGAGCCAGAAGCCAAACCCUAAAUGGGAUGUGUACUCGUUCGGUGUGGUGAUGCUGGAGCUUAUGACGGGGAGAGUGUUUUCGAUGGAUCGAGAUUUGGGUCAGUUGUCGAACAUGUUCGAGUCGGGGGCCGAGGAAAGAGGGAUGAUCUUGAGGUCAGUCGAGGGAGCAAUUAGGGCUGACGUGGCACGAAAAGAGGACAGAGCAUUGGCAUGGUUUAGGUUAGGGUUUGGAUGUGUCUCUUCCUUGCCUCACAAGCGACCUUCCAUGAAGGAAGUGUGUCAAGUGCUAGACAAAACUACCCUUUACGGUUUGAUUUGGAAUCGGUACUGCAUUUUUUCGGUUCCAUACUGUCCGGUUAUGGAGAACCUACCGAAACGGCCACACUUCACUUGUGUGGCAGAUGGACUUCUUUCCUUCAAGCUUCAAAUUUCAAAAAAAAAAAAAUCCGAAGACCGACCGAAAAUGGGAGGAGGAUCACCUUGUCACGGUGCAGGGACGCAGGAAGCCCUGCAACCAAACACCCCUUCCCAGAUCUUCAUCCUCUCCGGCCAAAGCAACAUGGCCGGUCGCGGCGGCGUCGUCAAGGACCACCACCACAACCGCUGGGUCUGGGACGGUGGCCUUCCGCCGGAAUGUGCCUCGAAUCCCGCGAUCCUCCGCCUGAGCGCCGAUCUCAGGUGGGAGCAAGCGCGCGAGCCUCUCCACGCGGACAUCGACACCGGCAAGGUCUGCGGCGUGGGCCCGGGGAUGGCGUUCUCUAACGCAGUGAGGGAGCGCGUGACGAUUAACGCGCCGGCGGAGACGAUAGGGCUGGUGCCGUGCGCCUCCGGGGGGACGGCGAUUAGGGAGUGGGAGCGUGGGAGCCAUUUGUACGAGAGGAUGGUGAGGAGGACGAAGGAGAGUCGCAGAUCCGGCGGCGAGGUCAAGGCAUUGCUUUGGUACCAAGGGGAGAGUGACGUGUCGAGCAUCCACGACGCCGAGAGUUACGGGAGCAACAUGAAGCGUCUGAUCAAGGAUCUUCGUGGUGAUCUUGAACUUCCUGAUCUCCCCAUUGUUCAGGUAGCUAUAGCAUCGGGGGGAGGGCACAUAGAGAAGGUGAGAGAAGCUCAGCUCGGGCUGAAAAUGCCGAAUGUGGUAACAGUCGACGCAAUGGGAUUGCCUCUCAAGCCCGAUAAUCUUCAUUUGACCACAGAGGCUCAAGCCAAGCUCGGCCUCUUGUUGGCCGAAGCUUAUCUCUCCAACUUCACCUAGUUUCCUCUUCUAUCGACCUAUUCCCAUUUCACUACUUUACUAAAUCUUUGAUCCUCAUUUUUCGCCUGUCAAGAUUUCGUAAGCUAUGUAUUUGUUCGACGGAUCCCGGGUUUCUGCUAUGGCAGUGAAUUGAUAUCGCUUGUUAGAAGAAAAGCUCUAACUAAUGCAUGUCUUGUAAUAUGCACAUUUUCAAAACAAGUUCUAUUCCCUUUUGCCCUC